AUGAACAACAGUGAUGUGGAUACUAAUUAUCACUUAUUUUAUGGUUUCAACGACCCUGAAGGACAAAAUAUAGCACUGAAUGCAAUAAGCGUAGUGAAACCAAUAUUGAAUCGUAAAGAAUUAUUUUUAUUUGACAAAACAGCACGUACUACAGGUUACGGUGGAAUGGUAUCAGCACGGCAGCUACAUUUUAUGUGUGGACCAUAUCCUGAAUUAAAUAUUGACAGAAAUUUAAUGUUUGAUAAAGUUAUCCAAACAGUGGUACAACUUUCUGUAUCCUGA